AGGGUGGCAUAUAAAGGAGGACUUUUGCGGGCUCUUAUGGCUUAGUGGAAACACUGACUACAUACAUGCUUCCUAUGAUACUAUUGCGAAGGUUUUUGGUCAAUCUUAGGCUAUCGGUUUUCCGCUGGGGCGCCCGCUCGUCACGCAUCUGUAACCGCUGGAAUCCGUUUUCAGCACCUGGACAGCUCCCGGUCGUGAACCUCUUAUUAUUAUCGGGCACAUGGAGUCCCUGAUGUAAUUCUGGGGAAGCCCUGCAAGCACAUUAUGCCUCCCUGCGAAGAUGUCGUUAUCUUCCUGAUUCAGUGACAGCCUCGUCGUCUCCUUCUGAAGGAUGGUUGCUUACAGUCCGGAGUAGGUGUUUUUGUCGUGCGCUAUCUUCCGAGAGGCGAUACGGGUGCCUGGCCAACGCAAAUUAGGGCUAAUCGCAACCUACACACAGCAAGAUCCGAGCUUCCCUCACACUGAUCAUCAUCAUCAUCAUCGGCGAGGAGGGAGAUAUAACCAUCAUCACUGCGAGGGCAAAGGAGUCACGACCACACUUUACACAAUGUAGAGCAAGAAAACACAAGAGGAGCCCAGUCUCUGCAGUGGUGAAAUCAUAUUUCACACUUGGGGUUAUUUAGUGUGGACGUCUAUUUGCAGCAACAAGACCUCAACAUGAGCAACACUCAGGCUCCUCCCCAGGCUGGAGCCUCAGAGCUGGAGGUCAUCUCCCAGCAGGUAGAGGAAGACAACCAGUGUGUGGCCCCAGCCCAGCUGGUCAGCUUCGCCUACAGAGACUUGCCUUUGGCGGCACUGGACAUAUCCCUCGCUGGAUCCCAGCUCAUCUCUAACCCGGAUGAAGAGGAUAACAGAGAGGGGUCAAACUGGCUGAAGCCAUGCUGUGGACGAAGGGCAGCGCUGUGGCAGGUCUGUCUGCUGUCGGCGGGCUUCAACUGUUUCCUAGUAGCCUGUGUCAUUCUGGUGGUGGUGCUGCUGCUGCUGGAGCUGCUCAUAGACACCAAGCUGUUACAGUUUAAUAAUGCAUUCCAGUUUGCCAGCAUCAUCCACUGGAUCAGCCUGGCUAUUCUUUCUGUGUUCUUCACUGAGACGGUGUUCAGGAUCGUGGUGUUGGGGAUAUGGGAUUACAUCGAGAACAAAGUAGAGGUGUUUGAUGGAGCUGUCAUCGUACUCUCUCUGGCCCCCAUGGUGGCCUCCACAGUGGCCAACGGCCCCAGCAGCCCCUGGGAUGCUAUCGGUCUCAUCAUCACACUGCGUAUCUGGAGGGUUAAGAGGAUCAUUGAUGCCUAUGUGUUGCAAGUGAAGGUGGAAAUGGAGCUGGAGAUCCAGCAGUAUGAGAAGGCCAAGGCGGUGAGGGAGGAACAGCUUGAUCGUCUCACCCAGAUCUGCCAAGAACAGGCUUUUGAAAUCAGGCAGCUCAGGGCCCAUCUGGCUCAGCAGGACCUGGAUCUUGUAGCAGAGCGUGAAGCAGCCAUGCAGAUCCACCACAUGUGGGGUAAACAGAGCAGCAGUUUCCAGGAGGUGGAUGGACUGGCCCCCGGGGCCUCUGAGCAUCACAGGCCAACCAAAGCCAGAGAGCCUGGGGGUGCUGCAGAUCAACAUGGUCAAGAUGACAUGAACAACUACAUCAGCCAGUACUACAGUGAGCCAAGCAGUGAUACAGGGAUCCCAGACCCAGCGCGUGUCAUUACGACAGCAGCCAUAGAUGUGCACCUGCCUAACAACCCCAGCCAGCUGCCAUCCUCUUUGGUGAGCGCUGAUGCAGUGCCGUCCAGCCGUUUGCAGCGAACAGGCAGCUCGGUCAGCGAAGCCUCCACAACCACAGUGUCCCGCACCAGCUUCAGCGCCCGUCAGCACAGCAUCAGCAGCCACACAUUUGGCUCCACCAUGGACUGCAGCUCCACGGUGCGCGAAGCCUCCACUUCCACAGACUACAGCGACCAACGCUGCUACCCUCCACCCUACAGCAGCCCUCUAGCCCUGGGCACUCAGCAGAGGGGUAGCCCCAGCGCUGUGGUGCAGGAGUUGCUCUCUUCUCUGUCUGAGGACUCCUGUCUCACGCAGAAGGGCCUGGACCCUGUCAACCUGAAACCACCCAGCCCCACAGGUUCCACAAAAACCAGCCCCGAGCUGGAACACAGGGUCAACAUCUACAAUAAGAGGAACCAGGAAAGCAGAGUCGGGCUCAACUCCAAGACAGUCAUCCAUCUGCAGGGUAACGAGCCUCUUCUAGAGGAAAAGUAUAGGAUGAUGGGGCCAGUAGAUACUCAAAUCAACCGUCUAUCAGAGACAUAAGAGUCUGCAAAACAUAGAAUCUAACAGGACUCGCUCUUUAUUUCAGCCACAAAAAUUAAUGUUCUACUAAAUUCCCAACUUUGCUGCUGGGAGUCACUGGCACAUAAACUGUAUGUCUGUCAUCCUCUCUGUACUGCUGGAACUGAGAGGAUGAACUUGUCGGAGCAGCACAAACAAAGGGCACGGACAAGAGAGGAAGGCAGAGUUGUUAUCAGGUGACACUUAUCAGGAAUUGACACUCAUAAAAACUUUUACUAAAAGAAACCAGCAAUGGGGCUCAAGUCCAAAAUUGAAAACUGGAAAUCACUUUUGAUAUAUUAUAGUUUGAUUUCUAGGAAAUGAAACCAGUGAGAGGAUGGUGCUGAGGGCUUAGUUCCUCUGAUACACUUUGUAGAUGUGGAGAUACUGGUGUAGGAACUGAUCUGAGAUGAAAUUAAGAGUUUCUCUAGGAAACAAGACAUGGAUUCCCCGGUAGUGCAGGUAUACGAACUAUUUCAUGUCUGGUAUCUCCAAACUUAAAGAAAGUCCUCUUUGAUGGACUGCUGCAGGGUACAUUGGAUAAGUCUCAGCUUCUUUCUAAUCUGUUUCUAUAUUUGCGUUAACAUUUUUAUCUAAAUUCUGAGUGGAGAGAGUGCAGAAUCUUUUUGAUUGAUGGAUGACUUAUGUUGAGUUUUUUGUUU